UCAUUCACAUUCAAAAGCUCAAUAUGUUAAUGGAGUUCUUGGAUUCCUUAUAAUUCACGAUCCGAAAGACCUUUAUAUUAAAGAUUAUGAUGAAGAAAUUAUAGUGAUACUACAGAAUUUUUAUCAUACUGAUUCUAAAAUCUUGUUAGCUAAAUUCUUGACUCCUGAAAGUCAAGGAAAUGAACCAAUACCUGAUAAUAGUAGUGAUUAUGUUAAUAAUGCUCCAUUAGCACAAUUCAAGUUUGUUCAAGGAAAGAAAUACAUAAUUAGAAUUAUUAAUACUAGUGCAUUUUCCAAAUUUAUUUUCUCGAUUGAUGAUCAUCCUAUGGAAGUAAUUGAAGUUGAAGGGAUGAUAACUAAGAAAUAUACAGUUCAUCACCUUCCUAUUAAUAUAGCCCAACAAACUGCUUGUUUUGCCAUCCCACCAGAUAAACUUAAUCCUCUCAUAAAAGCUAUUGUUUCAUAUGAUGGUUCUAAUAAUGAAGAUCCAACAUCAACUGCUUGGACAGAUAACACUGAAAAUUGUGUAGAUUUGAAUACAUCAGAUCUAAAACCUUACAAACUGCAAAAGAUUCCAGAUGCUGACUGUAAAUUUAAUAUAAUUGUAGAUUUUCAUCCAGAUGAAAAAAAUAUUACCUUAGCAUUUAUAAAUAAUUCAACAUAUGUUAUAGAUGAAAAAUAUCCAACACUUUACAAAAUGUACGAUGGUGUUACGAAAUUUGCUACUAAUCAAAAUAUUUUCUUAGUUGAUCAUAAUAAAGUUGUUGAUAUCAUUUUGAUAA